GCUUUUUUGCAGAAAGUGCCAUGCCUCUAUUCAGUUGGAUGAAAUGGUCGCCUGAGACGAGAGGGCAGAGUCCGGAUGAUACGCAGCGUCUGAACAGCUCAGGGGACGUGUCCAGCCGCACGCUGAUCACAGAGCUCCUGUGGCAUGUUGAAGAACGCGAACGCCUGGCAAGACAACUGGAGCGGGAACACAGGCUGACCCACAGUGCCUCGGGUCUCCGCUGGUUCCAGAAAUACCCCAGAUUACAAAAGCUCAUCCCUUCAUCAGAACUACACCAGCUGGAGUUUUUAUGUGCGCAAAUUCCACCUAUGCACACAGCAGUCGUCCUCUCCAGGUUUCGUGAAAUGCUUGCCACUAACAACACACGGCCCUGGGAGCUGGCAGCUGUCUUCAAGCAGGUCCUGAUGGACUUCCUGAGCCAAAGAGAAUACAAUGAAGACGAGCCCCUUCCAGCGCAGCACAAACCAAUGGAGGCUCGGACUAGUCGUUACAAAAUGAAGCAGGGCUUUGUCACACCCACAGUGCCCAACUGUGGAGAUCCCAAAAGAGAAGAGAUCCCAACAGUCUCUGGGUAUGUGGACUGGGCCAUGAGGCACUCCAGUUCAUUCACACCAAACAGGGACUGGGCUCUUCCAUAUUAUUAUCCAGGACCUCUUGGACCCAAAGACACCCAUGAUACAACACUAUUAAAGACACAACUCUAAUAUGUGAUCUUGAGUUUCAGUGGAAAUAAAACAAAAAUAAAGUA